AUGCCAUAUGAAAACCAAAUAGCAUUGAAGAUCCAAUAUCUAAAGUUGAAAAGAAUAAAUGAAUUAAAUAAUACUUUGAAAACAGAAUUGGCAAGAGAACGUAUUACUGCUUCAAAUGCAUCGCUUAAUUUGAUAAAUUAUACUACUACGAAAGAAGAUUUUGUUAUUUCAGAAAUAUGGGGUUAUCCAAAGCCAGGUUCAAACCAUUUUAGGAAUAGUUUAUCGGCAGGUUUAUCUAGAAAACGUGUCAAUGUUAACAGCAAUGAUGCAUGUUGCACAAUAGUAUGA